AUGAAAAAAUUAAAUAGAAAAACAAACAAGAUUGAAACACGUCCAUUGAUUUUUAUCGAUUCUAGUGACCCAAUUAAUCCAAACCAAAUAAUCAAUCACGUUGAAACGAAUCAAUUAUUCAAACCACCUUUUCCGCCGAAGCACGAACCUAAAAAUUUCAUAUACAAGAAGAAAAAAGAUUCAGAACCAACCAAACCUCCGAACGCAUUUAUUCUCUAUCGAAGAGCUUAUGUUAAAGCGACGAGUGACGAGGGCGUUCAACUUCCAAUGACUGUUGUCUCAGCUAUGGCUUCACAGGCUUGGGAACAGGAAUCACCAUUAGUGAAAGAAGAAUACCAACGAAUUGCAAGGGAGGCAAAAAAGAAUUUCGAAUUGAAACAUCCUAAAUCUGUUAAACAUAAAGAACCAAAAAGAUGGCGUGUUUAUCAAAAAUCGAAUACAAUAACCACCACUCAAGAUCUACCAUCAAUUCAAGUCGAAAAAGAUACUUUACCGUCUAUAACUCCUCUUCAACCUACCACUCCUCUUCAACCUACAACUCCUCCUCAACCUACAACUCUUCCUCAACCUACAACUCUUCCUCAACCUACAACUCCUCUUCAACCUACAACUCCUCUUCAACCUACAACUCCUCUUCAAUCAUCCUCCACCCCAAUUCUCAAUAAUAUCAAUUAUUCAAUGGAAGAUUGGGAUGAACUUUUGGCUGAUGUUAAUUUGCAAUCCAAGAAUAUUGAUGCUAAUAUGCUCUUUACGGAAAAAAAUUUAAAUUCGGCAAUUAAUAAUGAAUUUGCACAAACUACUGAAAGUGCCGCCAAUUCACUGAUCGUGGAAAAUGGCUUAAAUUAUUUGAAUUCGGACACACAAUUUGAUUUCUUUGAUAUUCCCUUGAUCGUAUCAAACUUAAUAAAUAGUGAACACUACCAAGACAAAUUAAAAAAACAGCUUCAACCGAAUAUGACUUUGGAUAAUCCAUUGGAAUUAGAUACGUUCAACAACGAGACUCAAAUAUCAUCUCAAAUAAACACAUCCGGAAAUUCAAAUCUUUUUCAGUAUAAUUUUUUUUCAAUGUUUUCUGACGACGAAAAUAAUAUUGCAGAUUUUCCUCUAUUUCAAAAUACCGACCAAUUAAAGAACUGUUUUCCAAUUAUUUAA